CUAAUUCAUUCAAAUCAGGACCCCCAGUCAGAGGGGGGGUGGCCUAAAGCUGUGCCAACAUGGGCCAAUCACAAACAAACAAAGGAACUUAUCACCCCCAGAAGACACACCCACCACAGACAUUCAUCUGGAAACGGCACCAACACGUUUAGAACAGAAGAACCAUUCGGAGAAAUCAUCUUAAAUCAACUUUUUUUUAAAAACCCAACUUUAAUUCCGCGCGUUUGCUCGCUGCAGUGAGAAACCACUGCAAAAAAAAAAUAAAAAAAAAAUGUGUCAGGUCAAAAAGCUGAGAAUGCUGAUGGAGCAGCGACUAAAUUCUGUCGUGGAAGAAAUAUUUGAACUGUUUGAAAGAACCGUAGCAGAGUACGAGGAGGAACUUGCUAGGACGAAAGAGGAAAAAGAGCGACAACAAGAACUUCUGGAUGCUGUUAUCAAACCUCAAGUUGUGCUACACAAAGCAGACGUCCAGCAGGUGUCAGCAGAGAGUCAAGAAGAGAUUCCCUCCGAGCAGCAGGAGUGGAGCUCCAGUGUGGGGCAAAAUGAGCUAGAAGCCCCCUCCCAUAUUAAAGAGGACGAUGAGGACCCGUGGGAGCAGCUUCAAAGGUUGGAGGAGACUAAUGAUGAAUAUGGAGCUCAGUCCUUACAGCUUCAUCACAGUCAAAGUGAGGAGAACAGAGGGGCGGAGCUUCUAACUCAACACAUCACAGAAGCUGAUGGAGAGCAUUGUGAAGAUAUGAACUCAGAACCAGACAGCAUCUUUGCUCCACUGUCAGAUAUAGACAUCACGUCAGACUCUUCUGAUAGCGAUCACAGUGACGACGUUCAAAAGCCUUCGGAGAAUAAUAAAAACUCUAAAGAUGAUAUGAGACGUCAUGCUGACAAAAAACACUAUAAUUGUUCUGAAUGUGGGAAAUCAUUUAGACAGAAGAGUGAUUUUAAAGUACACAUGAGAAUGCAUACUGGAGAGAAACCUUUUGCUUACUCAGAGUGUUCCAAAAGAUUCUCUACACAAGAGGCCCUGAAAGAACACACAAAUGUACAUAGCGCGGAGAAACCUUUUACUUGCUCAGUUUGUCCCAAAAGAUUCUCUACAAAGGAUACCCUGAAAAAACACAAAAAGGAACAUAGAGCGGAGAAACCUUUUUCUUGCUCAGUGUGUUCCAAAAGACAGUCUUCUCAACGUCACCUUAAAAGACACAUGAUGAAACAUGAAGGGGAGAAUCCAGUUUGUCCUAAAAGAGUUAAGAAUAAACCACAAAUGAUAUUACACAUGAGAACACACACUGGGGAGAAACCCUUCACCUGCUCUGUUUGUAGCAAGAGGUUUGCCAGUAAGUCAAGUAUGACCCAUCACAUGAAAUCACACAUGGGGGAGAAGCAAUUUACUUGCCCACUUUGUCCUAAAAGAUACACGAAAAACGCUGCUUUGAUGGCACACAUGAGAAUUCACACUGAGGAGAAACCGUUUAGUUGCAACAUAUGCGAUACAAGGUUCAGAUAUAAGUAUCAGGUCAAAAGACACACAUGUUCAGCAGACUUGGACGCUGUUGGGCAGUGUGGCUCAGGUGUUAGAGCAGUCAUCCAGAAUUUGGAGGGUUCCUGAUAUGAAUAGAGCUUUUGCCGUCCUAGUCCCUUCACUUGUGUCCUUGGGCAAGACACUUUACCCACCUUGCUCCCAAUGCCACACACACUGGUGUAUGAACGUUUGUGGCGGGACAAAACACAAUAAGUAUUUAAGCAAAAGCAAUUUCCUUCCCCGAUUUGCCCUAAUACAUACACAAGUAACUUUCCUUUGAAGACACACAUGAGAACUCACACUGGGGAGAAACUGCUUUGUUGCGACGUCUGCAAUAAAAGGUUGAGAUAUAAGUGUCAGGUCAAAAGACACAAGUGUGCAACAGACUUGGACGCUGUUGGGCAGUGUGGCUCAGGUGGUAGAGCAGUCAUCCAGAAUUUGGAGGGUUCCUGAUGUGAAUCGAGCCUCUGCCGUCCAAGUCCCUUUACUUGUGUCCUUGGGCAAGAUACUUUACCCACCUUGCUCCCAGUAUGACAGUUUGUGGCGGGACAAAAAAACAGUAAGUAUUUAAGUCUGCGGGGACUUAAAUACAAUCAAACUGUGAUUGUGAUUUCAGGUGGUGUUUUUCAUUUUGUGGUGUUCUAUGACCCCCCCCUAAUUACUUCUAAAUUUGUAUUCAGCAUUUACUAAAUACUUAAGGUACUUUAUUUCCUCGUUGUUGGUCAAUAUUUUUUAUUUUGCCCUUUUUUUUAAAUCCCACUUUUUUUCCCACAACAUUCUAUUGAUUUUUUUUUUAUUCCUCAAUGAAAACUAUCUCUGAAUAAAACUGUAUACAAUAUUUGGACUUAAGCCAGUGACAAAAUGAAAUCAUGGAUGGGUGUGUCUGUCCUUUGCAGCGCCGGUUGUUCACUUCACCACGGCUUUUAUUUUAGUACAUUUUUAUUAACGAUAAAAUACAGAACAUUACAUACAAAACAUACGUGGUAUUUCUGAAGUAAAAUCUUAUAAAACAAUUGUAAUCUAUUUAUAAAUAGCAAAGUCAGACACAUUUUUUGUUUUGUUGUUUUUGAAACAUCACAACACAACUACUAUGAUAUAAAACAGAAAUAAAACAAUAUUUGGCAAUCUUCUCAGUGAGUUUUCUUUCCCUUGUUUUGUAUGUGGCGUUAAAAGCAGCUACAGGGGUGGGAAAAAAAACACAAGUUAGAAUCUUUUUAAAAUGUGUGCACAUUCUAGCACAUGAGAGAACAAACGUUGUGUUGUUUUAUGAAUAAACACAAAAAGGGUCCAAAAGAGUUUUUAUGUUUUAAUUUAGAAAUUAUAACUUACCACAUGUUUAGAAAAAUGUAAGUUCUCAGGAUUCACAAUCUUUUUAUGUGGAGUUUGCAUGUUCUAAGGCAGUGGUUCUCAACCUUUUUUCAGUGAUGUACCCCCUGUGAACAUUUUUUAAAUUCAAGUACCCCCUAAUCAGAGCAAAGCAUUUUUGGUUGAAAAAAAGAGAUAAAGAAGUAAAAUACACUGUGUCAUCAGUUUCUGAUUUAUUAAAUUGUAUAACAGUGCAAAAUUUAGCUCAUUUGUUGUGGUCUUUCUUGAACUAUUUGGAAAAAAAGAUAUAAAAAUAACUAAAAACUUGUUGAAAAAUAAACAAGUGAUUCAAUUAUAAAUAAAAAUUUCUACACAUAGAAGUAAUCAUCAACUUGGGGAUUGUAAUAGAGAUCCAUCUGGAUUCAUGAACUUAAUUCUAAACAUUUCUUCACAAAAAAAUAAAUCUUUAACAUCAAUAUUUAUGGAACAUGUCCACAAAAAGUCUAGCUGUCAACACUGAAUAUUGCAUUGUUGCAUUUCUUUUCACAGUUCUUUUUGACAGACAUUUAAAAAAAAUCUCACGUACCCCUUGGCAUACUUUCAAGUACCCCCAGGGGUACGCGUACCCCCACUUGAGAACCACUGUUCUAACGUGACUGUUUUUCAACUUGUUUAAGUCGGGGUCCACUUAAAUCGAUUCAUGGUACAGAUAUAUGCUAUCAACAUAAUACAGUCAUCACACAAGAUAAUCAUCAGAGUAUAUACAUUGAAUUAUUUACAUUAUUUACAAUCACCCAAUUGUUAUCGGUUCAUAUACGAACUAGUUAUUUAAAAGGGAUCUCUAUAUUAGACAGAUAAAUAACUAUCAGCCAACUAGCUGACGACACAACACUCUUUUAUUAUUCAUAGUUUGCUUAACAGUAAUAGAAUAUUCUUAUAUGCUAUAAGUGACCAGAGGUCCGAGAUCAAAACUGGGAAUAUAAUCACAGAGAAGGGGGGAAAAAACGGUCAGCUAUUUUUAAGUUCAAGAAACAAUAUGAUUAGGUUAUAUAUACAUACGUAUAUCCUAUGUAUGAAUACAUUAUAUCUAUAUA